AGCGUGGCUUCUUCCUCCCUCCCGCCGGUCAGCUCCACCCACGUCCUUUUUUUUGUUGCCUUCCUUCUCCAUUCCUAUCUCUAGCAGGCCUUUCACUGGGGUGCUUCGCGGGUACUCACUUGUGUGACUUCUCUUAUUAGCCUUUUGUCUUUUACCUUGCGGACGAUCUACUCAUGAUAAUGCGGUUUUGGACCGCCCUCACAUCGUUAUGGCUUGCGACACUCGUAUUUUCUUCGCCCUACCAACCCGAGCUCGUCCAGUACAACUUUAACGUCAACCAAAACACAACUGACCCUACUCAGUACUAUUCCACGCGCACGAACACGACUUACACCCCUUCACCCCAGAACUGGCGCGCCGUCCCAAUCUACACCGUUCUCAUGGACAAAUUUGCCGAUGGGGACCCUUCCAACAACGACUACUUCGGCACUAUGUACGAGUGGGACUGGAGAGAAACUCAACUUCGCUUCGGCGGGGAUAUCAAAGGUCUCACAUCGAGACUCGACUACAUUCAGGGAAUAGGAAUGAAAGCAAUCUAUCUUUCCGGCACUAUUUUCUUGAACAUGAUAUGGCAGGCUGACAGUUAUUCACCCCUCGACUUCACUGUCUCAGAUCCUCACUGGGGAACUAUCGCUGACUGGGUUGAAUUCGUAGAUACCGUCCACUCUCGAGGAAUGUAUAUCAUUCUCGACUUCACCGUCGGAACGAUGGCCGACCUCAUUGGCUUCUCUGGUUACCUAAAUGUCUCCGCACCCUUUUAUAUCAAUGAAUACGACGUCGAAUACAAGAUGCCGAACUACAUGCCGUGGAACUUUACGGAAUAUGCAGAUUUCCAGUUCAGUAACACCCGUAAUACAUCUUGCCAACUUCCCGUGUUUUGGAACGAGGACAGCACUAUCGUGACAGGCGUCGAGGAGAAUGAUGGCUGUAUGGAUUCGGAAUUCGACCAGUACGGUGACAUGGAGGCUUUCGGUGUCCACCCUGAUUGGCAACGUCAACUUUCCAAAUUUGCAUCUGUACAGGACCGUUUGCGUGAAUGGAAACCAUCCGUCAUGGCAAAGUUACCCGUCUUCUCGUGCAUGGUCAUCAAGGCGCUUGACAUCGAUGGUAUUCGUGUAGACAAGUCUACUCAGGUCACGGUCGACGGUAUGGCAGCGUGGGCGUCUGCCACUCGUGAGUGCGCUACGAAGCUAGGAAAAUCAAAUUUCCUCAUUGCUGGAGAGGUGACGGGUGGUGACAUAUUUGGUGCUCUGUAUUUGGGUCGUGGGCGAACUCAAACACAGCUUCCUCCAGGCUUCCUUCAAGCUGCCAACCUCACGGAGUCGGACAAUCAGUACUUUUUGCGCAAUCAGGGCGACAAUGGCUUGGACGGCUAUGCAUUCCACUACUCAAUCUAUCGUUCUCUCACGCGAUUCCUCGGAAUGGAUGGUAAUUUGCAGGUCGCGUACGAUCUCGAUACUAACUUCAUCACUGCAUGGAAUCAAAUGUUUGUCAACGACGAUUUUCUAAAUGCGAACAAUGGCGUUCUUGACCCGAGGCAUUGGUAUGGGACAAGCAACUUCGACGUAUUUAGGUGGCCUAGUUUGGAGAACGGGACACUAAGGGGCGCCUUGGCGAGCUUUAUCACGAAUCUGGUCAUGCCGGGUAUCCCUCUCUGGUAUUUUGGUGAGGAACAGAGCUUUUACCUCUACGACUCCACGGCGAACAAUUACCUCUACGGGCGUCAGGCAAUGUUCAGCAACAAAGCUUGGCAGCGGCAUGGUUGCUACAAGCUUGGGUCGGCCCAAUAUUUCAACAUGCCCUUGGAGUCGGCUCUCAUGGGGUGUGAGGAUGACUGGAAUUCGCUGGACCACUUCGACCCCACAGCAGACAUGUUGCGCUUUACCAAGCACAUGUUGUACCUCCGCAACGUCUACGGUGCCCUACAGGACGGUUUGAACGUCGUCCAGCGUGGUAACUGGACAUAUUACAUACAGCGGCCAGGUUCGAACGGCACCGCUACAGAAAUGGGUCUUUGGUCGGUCUCUCGCGCGGGUCUUUCGGGUAUACAGAACUUGACUGGAACGCACACUGAUCAAGUUUGGAUCCUGUACUCCAACUUGAACACCUCCUACACGUGGACAUACGACUGUAAGAGUACGCUGUGGAUUUCAACUCCCUACGAGUCCGGCACUGUUGUCAGGAACCUUCUUGCGCCAUAUGAAAAUUACACACUCGCUGAAUCUGGGUCAUCUUAUUAUGCGAAUGGCACCGCGCCAUAUUACGGAUGCAUGUCCAGCAUCACGCUCGAUCCCUAUGGCAUGAAAGUGCUCGUUCCUGACACUGAGUGGGUGUCCCCCCCUCCAAUGAUAACACGCUUCCUACCCGGACAUGAUGCUCGUAUCCAAGUGACAUCCGAUAGUCCCAACGCGACGACAAUCGAUCUCACCCUCGAGUUUAACCUCGAAAUGUCAUGCACCAGUGUUACAAAUUCGCUGACAUUCAAUAUGUCGUCGUCGGGAAUCGGUGGACAGCCUACGCUGGAUACGAACUCAGUUGCAUGUGCAACUGUUAUGAAUCCCUUGACAUCGCCGCUGAGUGUUGUGGCGUCCUCGACCUGGUCGUGGUCAGGGACUUUGAACAACGUGCCAGACGGAAUUUUGGAAAUCAUUGUAAACAACCCAACGACGGAGGACGGGACCGCAUCGACUGGGGCAGUCGAUCAUUUGUUGGUGCGAAAGGGCACAGCGGACAAUAUUAUAGUUUUCCCUGAGUCCGACUACGACAACUCCGCUUUCGAGUACACCAACGGAGAGUACAAGUUCACACAUAAGGCGUAUGGUGCGGAUAUGUUCAGAUACUCUGGUACUUUUGGGAGGUCAUGGUCAAACUGGACGAAUUGGGAGAAUGUUACCACCAUCCCUUCCAGCGUUUUCACUAACUCGUCCAACUUCUGGACUGGGCAGCAUAUCAUGGUACAAUACUGGAAUGCGGCGAUCACCAGUGCUAGUGUAGUCACGCACGCUGACCUCGGCUACGACACACAACGUCGCGUCCCCCAGUUCCUUGCUCGUGGACCGUAUAACAGCUGGGGCUACGACCAGGGCCUUCCCUCUCUGAUGAACCAUGUCGGUAAUGGAUUGUGGCAGCUCGAAAUCAUGGCUCAGUGGCCAACAUACGUGCAAGUCAACGUGUUUGGCUAUGAUGACUAUUACUACGGUGACGUUGACGGUGACGGUGUCAUGGAUCGCUUACCUCCUAAUACCGUUGCUCCCAACUACCUUAACAUGUCCGCACCGCCGUGGCCAGCGCUCUCCUGGUCUUUGACUAUUGAUGACCAGACCUUGGAGUGGUCGUUGCAGCCUCUCGGCCAAGCGUCGCUCGGCGCUAUCAUGUUCGGUCUUCUUGCAUCGAUUCCAUUGGUUACGGGUAUCAUCGCCGCUGCUAUCUUCAUGUGGUCCUUCUAUGGUAUUCGUCACAACCGCUAUGGUGUUAAAUCAUCAAAAGGCGCUAGCAAGUACAUCCCUAUCCUUGGUAGCCUGGGAAGCAGAUCGAUGGCAGACCUCAACCACAUGCCCAUCAGUGAGAAGUUCUUCGGGCACAGGCAUUCUUCCGGCGAGAUCAUCGGCUGGCCUGAAGACAAGGAUAAAAGGCGCAAGGUUCUUAUUUCGACUCUCGAAUAUGAAAUAUUUGACUGGAAAGCCAAAGUUAAAAUCGGUGGUCUUGGUGUCAUGUCGUCACUUAUGGGCAAGGCAAUGACGGACGUAGACUUGAUCUGGGUUGUACCCAAGGUCAAGGACGUCGAGUACCCUCCAGGCGACCCUGCAGAACCCAUUGAAGUUAUCAUUUUUGGGGAACCAUACCUAAUCGAGGUCGAGACACAUGUUUUGGACAACAUUACUUGGGUAAUUCUGGACAGUCCCGUCUUCAGAGCGCAAACAAAAUCCGAUCCAUACCCCCCGCGGAUGGACGACCUCAGUUCGGCCAUCUUCUACUCAACGUGGAACCAGGCCAUCGCUACCACUAUACGUCGAUUCCCCGGCAUUGAUAUCUACCAUAUCAACGACUACCACGGUGCACUAGCACCCAUAUACCUUCUCCCUAAGGUAAUACCUGUUUGCUUGUCCCUGCACAACGCCGAGUUCCAAGGUUUGUGGCCGCUUCGUACGAAGGAAGAGAUGAAGGAAGUCUGCUCGGCAUUCAACAUCAGCAAGGAGCACUGCACCAAAUACGUUCAGUUUGGAAACACGUUUAAUCUGUUGCACGCAGCUGCUUCGUUCAUUAGCGUGCACCAAAAGAGUAUCGGUGUUGCAGGUGUGUCGGACAAAUAUGGAAAACGUAGUUGGGCGCGAUACCCCGCCUUGUGGACCCUCAAGCACGUUGAUUCGUUGCCUAACCCUGAUCCCACGGAUAUCGCAGCGCUCGAUGAGAACCCGAUUGCAGUUCGGGAUAUUCAAAUCGAUCAAGAGGCAGAAGCAAAGAGGCCGGAGUUGAAGCGACAAGCGCAGGAAUGGGCUGGUAUCAAGCAGGACCCCAAUGCCGACCUUUUCGUGUUCGUCGGCCGUUGGUCUAAGCAGAAGGGUGUUGAUCUCAUUGCUGAUGUCAUGCCAUCGCUCCUCGAGAAACGGCCCUCUAUCCAAGUCAUCUGUAUCGGUCCUGUCAUCGACUUGUUUGGCCGUUUCGCAGCGGAGAAGCUUGCUCGCCUUAUGGAAAUGUACCCCGAUCGUGUCUAUUCCAAGCCAGAAUUCACUGCCCUACCGCCCUAUAUAUUUAGUGGCGCUGACUUCGCACUGAUUCCGUCUCGUGAUGAACCGUUUGGUCUCGUAGCUGUCGAGUUUGGUCGGAAAGGCGCUCUUGGUGUUGGUAGUCGACUUGGCGGUCUUGGUUUGAUGCCUGGAUGGUGGUUCCCGGUCGAGUCGACUUCUACGGCUCACAUGUUGUCUCAGCUCUCCAAGACGAUUAAGUUAGCCCUCAAGUCAACGGAAGAAGAGCGUGCUAUUCUUCGUGCUCGUUCGGCGGUGCAGCGAUUCCCAGUUAUUGAGUGGCGACAGAAGAUGGAAGAUUUCCACAAACGCAGUAUCCAAGCUAGCCGUCGCCAAGCAGGACCUAACGCCUGGCGAGAGUCAGACUGCGGAAUGGUUGUUUCCCGGCCUCUUGAAGAUACGGAUGAUUGGAAUCCUGUUCAGCAAGGCACGCCCGCUCAACCUGAUUGGGAUGCUCAGAGCGCAGCUUCAUCACCUAGGUUCCCGGUGUCACCACUUUCUCAAGUGUCCACUCCUCGAGAUGAAAGUCACCUUGUUGCACCUUCUAGGUUCAACCUUGAUCCUAGUUCGUCCCACUCCGAUCACUCGGACGACGAUUAUGCCUCCCGGGGAAGCGUAGCAACUAGCAAACAAGGAUAUGACGACUUUUUGGAGAGGGCAAACCGUAUAAUUGCCAAGGAACAGCGACAUGUUGCUGAUCCAUUCUUGGAGACGCCCCAGAAACCAUUUGGCUUAAGUUCACGUAGGACUUCGAUGGAGUCGAUCAGUACCAUUGUUGAGGACAAGACAAAUUCCCCCCUGAACAAGGCCAUUGCAUCGUUCACGGAUUCCGACGGUGGUGUCGCUCAUGAAUUCGCCCAAAAGUUGCAAACGCUUAGUGCCGAUAACUCAAAGGGAGAACUCUCGAUCGAGAAGUUCCUCACAAAAUCAGAGGAACUUUUCUUCGAUCGGGUGCGCAAAGAGAAGCUUUCGAGCGCUGCGAGUUACAUAUCAUCGAAAAGAGAGUCCAUGUGGAGCAUGCCUGGAACGGUUGACGAACCCUCUCGCCCGACAUCCCCUGGUACUCCCAGUGCGCACCCCUUCGCCAACGAAAGCGGACUUCUUCCUCCGAACGAGGUCGUUGUCAUGAACAGAAUUCAGAUUGCUUUGGCUCGAGAAGUCGGCGGCUGGCCUUUAUACACGAUUAUUAUUGCCAUUGGCCAGAUGUUGGCUGCCAACAGUUACCAGAUGACGUUGCUCGGUGGGCAAAAUUACUCGGACAACCUACAGCUUUACGUGCUCGGCGCUGUAUUCUUGGUGUCAUCUGCCGUUUGGUAUGCUUUCUUCCGCUUCAAGCCGUCGGUCUACGUCCUCUCCGCUCCUUGGCUCUUUUACGGAAUGGCUUUCUUCCUCAUCGGUAUUCCCUCUCUGAAUUCCAAACUUAAUGGCACGCACACCAUUCCUGCUUUCGCUUUCUUCGGUCUGAACUUUGGUGAAGAAGCUGGCGCUGCAGCUCAAGUUUGGAUUUUGCGCGCAUGCAUUGUCCAGGGAUCUCAGCAAAUUUGGGUGGCUGCCUUGUGGUACUGGGGUAGCACGCUGAAUAGUGCGCAACCGGGCAAAGUUUCACCAUGGUGGAUCGUAUUGAUAGUUUGGCCCCUGGCGAUUCUUUCCUUCUUGUUCGCUUAUCUCAUGCUCUACGGCCUACCAGAUUACUACCGACAGACACCACCAAAGGUUCCCAACUUCUUAAAGACACUGUUCCGCCGGAAGCUGGUCUUGUGGUAUGCUUUCAGUCCGUAUGGUCGAAACUGGAGUUUCCUAUGGAGCGUCAACAUACCGACGUGGCAGACACUACUACUUAUCAUUAUCUUCUUCAUUGGAGUCUGGGCCCUGAUGCUCGUCGUGUUAAUACACUUUAGCAAGACCCAUACUUGGAUGUUACCUGUGUUUGCCGUCGGCCUAGGAGCUCCACGUUGGUGCCAGAUCCUCUGGGGCACAUCUUCGCUGGCAUUGUACAUACCUUGGGCGGGAUCUGCAGGGCCAUACCUUGGACUUUCUCUGUGGCUAUGGCUUGGUGUGUUGGACGCAGUCCAAGGCGUUGGUCUGGGUAUGAUUCUACUCCAGACACUUUCACGUCUACAUGUGUGCGCGACACUUGCAUUCUCCCAAGUCAUUGGCGCUGUUUGUGUUAUGGUUGCCCGUGCGACAGCACCAAACAGUAUCGGUCCUGGAAGCGUCUUCCCUGAUGUUGGCACUUGGGACUUCUCUUCAGGACUAAAAGGGAGCCCAAUGGCUUCUGCAGCCUUCUGGAUCGCUCUGAUCUGUCAACUGGUCAUCGUCUUGGGAUACUUCUGGUUCUACCGCAAGGAACAACUCUGUGAGUAGCUCGCCCAUAGUCACGCUUCGCAUUUUCCCAACAUCUUACACCAUUUCAAUCCUAUAUCUAACAUAAAAGUGAUCUCAUUGACCUUACCCGGACUUGUAUUUCAAGUAUAGACUUGCAUUCCUUGCUAUCACUACCUGACGCGUUCUUUCGUUUUUUUCCUGGACACUAUACUAGGACGCUGUCACAUAGUUAAAAACUGCGACUAAUAGGUUACUACGGACUUGCUCUCGUCAUACAUACUCGCUAGAUACUCUGUAAGUAGAUCCAUCUGGCGUCACAUACCUUGUGUCCUCUAGUGUCCAUACGGUCUGUUGUAAUGUUUUGACAAUACUCAGGAAGUGAAAUCACUCGUUCU